GCGGAAGAAGGCUGUGUAUCGUUAAACAUCCGCGAUUGCUUUGUCGCGAUUCUCCACGCCCUUAAAGGGGAAUUUCGAGAAGUGGUCGACGUCACGAGGAAGAAGUGGAAGAAGAAGAAGAAAAAAAAUGCAAGCAAGACGCGGGAGUCUCGCGUACCAUAAGUUGAUACGAGGAGGACAGGGGACAUCAUCUCUUGGAGGUGAGGGAAAGAGGAAAGAGCGAGAGAAGCUGGAGUGAGUUGGAAAGAGGAAGAGAUAGAAAGGGAAGAACACCCCCGCGGCUCUAUAUAGACCAAAAGCACUCGCAGUGCGCUUGUGCGAGAAGCUGCCGCUGCCCGGGAAGAGAUCUCCCGGCCAGCCUCAGUCUCCGGGAUGCUGGGGGCGGCGAUCGUGAUUCUACCCCCAUUCUCGUGGCGCUCCGAUAACACAGCCCGACUGAUUGCAACGCGGUCCCGCUUUGCUCCUCGGCAGCAGCCGCGCUCACGAAUUUAAGCCCUUCGUUCGCUCUCUCGGCUCGCUCCGGCGCGCCGCCGGCCAGCUCUCUCGUCGUCUCCUUUGAACCCUUUUGGUCCACCCUUCGCCGGCGCCGCCGCAUCCGUUCCCACCCUCCGUCUCUUCAUCUCUCCGCGUCCACGCUUCACACCCUUUUCCGCCGAAGCCGGGGCGCAGUCACCGCGAGGCCCUUCAACCAACCGCCUCUCGCAGGAGCUUGUGAAACGAGACGAAAUCCACGAUGGUGGGCGGUGGUGACUGUAAGGUCGCUACCGUGGAGGUAGAGGCAGCCGCCGCGGGCGACAACACGGCGACCCUUCCGGUCACCAGACCCCUGAAUCCGCAAAACUCGCCGCCGAAUGCACAGGACAACGCCGAGAAGAACAAUGCCGCGAACAAAGAGAUGGAGCUGAAGAACGUGCGAUCGACGCCAGCGAAAAAAACGUCGCUCUUUAUCAUCAUGAGCUUCAUCUACGCGAAACUGCUCGUAGUCGUGUGCAUCACUUACGUGAUAAGCGAAGUGGUGACGCACAAACUACCGCUCUACUAUUACGAGGGAUUCUUCACGUAUCUAUACGGCAUGAGUAUCCUGUUCCUAUUGUACGUCUUCUGCUUCCUCUUGCAAGAGAGCGCCUGCUGUGCAAGAGGAAGUGAUACACCGCCACCGCCACCAAGGCCACCUAAAACUGGCUGGACCUCUAAGGAAGCUAAGGACAAGACUAAGAAGAAAGACAAGAAAGAAAAAGAUCAAAAGCAGCCGAAGACCAAACCAAAGGAAACACAGGAUGCAACCGAUGUUGAAGCUGGCGUAGCCACGCGAGUCUUGCGAAAACGAAAAACUACGCAAAACGAUCAUAGCCAUGGAAGUUUCUUCCUGAGAAUCGGCGCAAUAGCUUUCGGACUGGGUACUAUGGUAUACAACGGUUUGGAAUUUGGCGCAUUCUUCGAGGUGCCACCUACAUCACCUUGCUAUCAGAUAUUACAAGGCGUCAACCCGGUGUUGCAAAUGAUCUUUACCUUUAUGCAAAUGUACUUCAUCUUCAUGAAUUCCCGAUUGAACAUUCAUCGUUUCAAAGUCAUCGCUCGCUUCGGUCUGAUGCACGUGGUCGCGACGAAUCUCUGCGUAUGGAUACGCACUCUGGUUCUGGAGAGUCUCAAGGAGAUCACUCAGUAUCAUAAAAAACUAGGCCAGGUUCAGGCGGGGAUUCUUGAGAGCAUCAAGCAGCACUCGAUGCGAAACGCCGGGGCGAUAUUGGGUACCGAGCCGCGUGACAUGGCGCAAUUACGGGAGGCUCCUCUCAUGACCUCCACGAGGUCGACGACCAUCGCGCCGACCAUCACGACCAGCGCGACCGUGGCAGCUCUGGGCCGCGUAAUGACGACUACGGCGAGAUCUGUCGCGGACGCGUUCUCCUCCAGUCCGGCCAGCCCGUCCACAAGCACUUGGACGACUCCGUCCACGACGACCCCGUCGACCACCAGCUCGAUAUUGCCUAAUCUGACCACCAGCGCGGCCACGACCCUGUCGACUAUCCUGACCACGUUCACCCCGUCAACCACCAGUACUUCUACCACCACCACCACCACCACGACUACCGAAAGAAUCACCACUAUCCCGACUACGACGAGCACCACCAGCACCACUACACCGGCUACCACCACCUUCUGGUCUCAGAUGAUGGAGUUCAUGAACGCGCCGCAAAGCGAUAUUAUGGAUAAUCAGGUACCGCAGAUCUUCGACGUGAGCAACUUGACGAACAACAGCGAAUACUGGACCCCGAAUUUAGGUAUCUACGCAGAGGCUCUGACGGAAGACGGAACGGUGUCCAACUCGUGCGGACGCGUGAAUAUCAUGGGAAGCAUCGUCCAGGACGCGGCGCCGUAUUUGUUCCCGUUCAUAAUCGAAUACAGUUUGAUUGGAGCCGCGGUGAUUUACGUCAUGUGGAAGCAUAUCGGCCGACAUCCGCGUUGGCCUCAUCAGACCGAAGCGGAUCUCGAACGUCGCCUGGAGGCCAUGCUCUCUCGAAGAGCCGUCGCUCUUGCUCAUGCAGGUCACACCAGAGUCGAUUGCGUGGGAGCGAGCAAAGGUCUCUUCUUCGGCUUGCUUCUUCUGGUUGGUUCCCUCAUAUGCCUGAUACUCUUCUUCGUGCUGAUCCAUCAUCCGGAGCUCGGUUUGCUCGCGAUCUAUCUCGCCGACGUGUCUCACUGCGUGCUAAUGGCGUUAUCCAUAAUCGCCAUAAUCAUCGGCUUCAUCCGCGUGCAGGGUCUCAAGUUCAAAGCCGAGGAGCAGAGCGAUCUCAACGACAUCCUCCUGCGCGUCUCCGCCUUCGGUCUCUUCAUCUACGCCGUCUUCAGCGUGAUCGCCGGCUCUCUCGCGGCCUUCACGCACGAACCGAAUCUCCUGGUGAUGGUGACUGGAUUGCUCGCGGUCGCCCAGGUGGUCCUGCAGAUGCUGUUCAUCGCUGACGUGUCGCGCAGGCGUGUCCACUUGCCGGAACACGAUCGCAGCAAGCCCGGCAGGCAGGUUGUCACUUUCCUGCUGAUCUGCAACGUGACUAUGUGGGUGAUCUACACCUUCGAGGCCCAAAAGGUCAUCGCCAACCCGGUGCAGCUCGAUUUCUACGGGUUCCUAGCCUGGGCCAUCGUGCAAAGGGUCACUCUGCCACUGUGCAUCUUCCACAGAUUCCACAGCGCUGUCACGCUCGCCGAGAUCUGGAAGACUAGCUACAAGGCGCGUCUGGAGUAGACGAGCGAGGAACCUCCUCAUGGUCAAUCGUCCGGAGUGAUCGUCAGUUGGAACAAGAGGGCGAGCGCAAGCUGGUCAGGAUGCUCGACGACCUCGAUCACGUACAUCGAUUUCGGGUCUCGAAGGAAGGCAAAAGCUUGAAACGAUAUAGAGAAGAGAAGAUUGGUUGGGGUAGUCGGCGGACGGAAAAACUGGAAAACGAUGGAUCAGCCGGAAUAAUCAAACAUAUAGCGUGUCUAACACGCCCGUUGCACGAAGAGACCUUCAGAUGAUAUCCAAGUCGUUGAUAAUUGUUGAAAAUUCCAUGAAUUCAAGUUGGAGAUUUAUCUCGUUAAAAAAAUCUUUAUCGACAAAGCAGGUAGAAAGAAAGAAGGAGAAGGAAAGAAAGAGAGACAUCUGAAGAGACACUUCGAGAGUGAUACGAUCAAGGUCGAUCUGACAUCCUCGAAGAGGAGCUUUUGUGUAAAGUGGAGCCAGAUAUGAUCGUGUCGAACUGUUUCUUUAUCUUCUGUUUUGUGUACAAGUUGUAUUUCUUUCUUUUAGUUUUUUACGUUGUCUUAGCAUUGGUCAGUAGGAGACGAUGAGGAGAGGACGGAUCUGGACGAUCGACGAUCCUGUCGACGAUCUUGUCGACUAUAGACAGGAUUUCGCCGAUUUCGGCGUUAAAAAAACGAAGCACAAAACAACAAGGAUAUUAGCGUUUCACGAAAUGCGAUUGCAUUUUCCCUUUCACCGCGCGUUUCUCACCUUACACGAUCUCUAUACUGCCACCAAAUUUUCUACUUUUAUAUGUAUAACAUUAUAUGUAUUCCAGUAUGUGUAUCUUCGCCCCAUUGCGCAUCAGCACUGUGUAGACAACAAUUCAGUUCACACUCGCAAGAAUUUAGAUUGUUCCGAUAAUUGUCCGAUAAUUUGUUUCUUAUUUCAUUCAUUACGAAGAUAUAUCGGAUCGCUGUGAUAUAUACUUUUGUGCAAAACUUGAGUCGAAACGAGACGACGAAUCUCUUUCUAUUCUCGUAUGUUAUAAAUGCGAUGUUUAACUAAAUAUUUCAUAUUUUUAUAAAUCUCGAUAUUUAGCGGACGAAAUUAGUCUUUAAGUUUUACAGUAUUCGGUUAACGUUUUCUGGUAUUUAUCUUACAAGACGUUAAUUGAUUCAGAAUUAUAUAAGAUUCGUCGUAAUUAAAUCGAUCAGCUGACUGUCGAAAAAAAACAAAUUCAUUUUUCGUAUAUACUUUAUCGAAAUAAUUUCACGAUCAUAAAAAAAAAAAAUAGCGAACGGGAACUUGAUCUACUCGAUGCACCACGAAAUGUCAUCCACGAUGUGAUUGCAUCCUUCGCGGUCGAAGUCCAACUGAAGAAAGAUCUCGAGAGAUUUUACGUAUAGAACAGGGUAAUUUUCGCAGAGCUGUGUUUGCUUAAAAAGAAAAUAUAAUAAUUAAGCGACGAUUUUUAGUCUCGCGACAGAUCCCUUUGUUCUCUCGAGCCACUUCAACCCCGAAACGCGAGUGCUUCCUCACGAUCACGAGCGCGCAAAUCUAAACGAGAGAUCCGUCCCUUCAAAAGGGACACGCAUUCGGAAGAAUCUUUAUCAUCAUUGUUUCUCGUCGCGUGCUACAGAGUACAAAAUUGUUUCUGAAACUUUUCGAAUCCCUUUAUCGACAUACUUUUUCAACAAUCGCGCUCUUCGAAGUAAACGCGCGAACAACGACAUCGCUGUAUCUUCGUCGUAUCUUCAUCGCGAGCAGUUGGUACGAAGAGUACGCACGUUAAAACAAAUAUUUGAACGGAGAGGGAGAGAGAGAGAGUCAAUGAAGAAGAGAAGAGACGACCGCGUGUUCGAAGCCAAGACGAGCGAUUGUACAUAGCGGAUAUAUUUCGUUUCGGGCUCGCCGAGUAUUCAAAAUGGCACUUACUCGAGGAGUUUCCGCGAACGUAAAACGGAAGUUACGCGCUAUGAUGCAGAUUUACGUGACUAAGGUGUACGUAGAGUUAUGAAAGGGGAGUCUCAAGAAUGUGACUUCGCGACAAAAAGGCUUAUUUACAGCGGAAAGCGAUUCGUACGUGUUUGUCCUUUCAAUUUAUUUUCUGCCAUAUAUACAUACAUAUAUAUGACCGCGAGAUGUUCGCGAACGUCAAGGCUUUCCGUUGCGAAUGGCUUAAUUCUUUGAGGGGCGAUGGUGCAGCUUGUGUAUGUACUUCACGCGAAUAUGUAUAAGUCACAAGUGUAAUGUAUUAGGUGCCACGACUCUUUUGUGCGUUUCUAUGUUGGUGCGAUGUGGUUUAAUUUGUGAACUACAGUGCCUAAGUUUCGCUCUCUUAGCAUACUAGCUUCUCUCUUUCGGAGGUCCUGCACAAAAUACGCUUUCCCGGCCCCUGAAAGAGUUAAGGAAGGGAAUACAUGAAGGUAGAAAAAAAAAUACAAGGAAUAUAUACGCGAAUAGAGAAGCUCGCACACCACUUCACGAAAUAUAAGAAAUAAUCAUUACGAUCAUUAUUGAUUAGUAUUUAAGCCUAUAUCUCGAAGAGAUAUCGAUCCUUCGCAUUUACUUCGCUAUUGAUAUGUAGAUCGUUGAGAAGAAAACGUUUGUCGUA